UGCAAUUUUGAAAAUAAUUACGAGCGAUGCUAGAGAAUUGUCGACGAACAGAGCGCAAUUUCAUAUCUUUUUGAAAGUAUCUUGUUUUGACUCAACUGAACAACACUUCACAGUGAACACAAAACGAAGUCCAAUAAAAUAAUCUAGGGAAUGUAAAUAUUUUAUGGAUGUUAUUUCGACAAUAAAUCGCAUGUUUCGCGUUGUUUGAUUUCUGGCCAUCAUUAAAUUUAUUGCCGAUUUGUCAAUGCAAUUAAACUCGAUAAGAAUUAAUAAAGUUUAGAUUUUCGAUUUCAUAUGCGAUAAGUGCUUUAAAAUUUAUCAUAAAAUAACUUCUGAUAUUUGCAUAGAUAGUGCCUUCAGUAGAAGAUAAACAAGUGGCCGUAAAGGAACUACAGUAUCGGGUUAGUUCCUGUGAAGAGAAGUGAUUGUCGCAAUAAUGAAAAACGAUAUUAAACAAAAUGGUCAACAACAAUUGGAAACCACACAGCCGGCAGCAAAUGAAGCAAACGCCGACUAUGAUCCACAUGAACAUCGGAACGUCAAAAAUCCAACAACUAACUUGCAAACUUUCGCACACUUUCUGAAAGCCUCCAUUGGCACUGGUGUUUUGGCAAUGCCCAGUGCAUUCGCCAACGCUGGGUAUGUUAAUGGACUCGUACUGACUCUUGUAAUUGGCAUCAUUGCGGUGCACUGCUUACAUAUUCUGAUUAAUUCAAUGUACGAGCUGUGUAAGCGAAAGCGAGUGCCUUAUCUCACGUUUUCCGAAGCGAUGACAAUUGGUUUCCAGGAGGGCCCGCCUUUUCUCAAAUGCAUUGUGCCGAUAGCUACUCCGUUCGUCGAUGGUUUCCUAGCAUUUUAUCACUUUGGCAUAUGCUGCGUUUAUGUGGUUUUCGUUGCGGAGAGUAUAAAGCAAAUCGUGGACGAGCACCUAACAGUGUUGGACGUUAGAAUACAUAUGUGCUUUCUGCUGGUGCCACUUUUUAUAAUCUACAGUAUCAGAAAUUUGCGGCUGUUGGCGCCAUUUUCUUCAGCGGCAAAUCUGCUCUUGCUUGUGGGUUUUGGCGUUAUUCUGUACUAUAUUUUUGAUGAUUUGCCACCGAUAUCAGAACGAAAAGCAGUGGAAGACAUAUCAAAAUUGCCAAUUUUCUUUGGCACAGUGCUGUUUGCAUUGGAAGCAGUUGGUGUGAUACUUGCGAUUGAAGAAAACAUGGAAACACCCAAGGCAUACCUGAAGCCACUUGGUAUAAUGAAUCUUGGCAUGACGAUUGUGUUAAGCAUUUAUGUUGUGUUGGGUUUCUUUGGCUACUGGAAAUAUGGGGAUAAGGCUCUAGGUAGCAUAACCUUAAAUAUACCACAACAGGAAAUCCUCGCGCAAAUUACAAAAAUUCUUUUCGCCAUAACAACUUGGAUAUCAUAUGCGUUGCAAGGAUACGUCACGGCCAACAUUAUCUGGAAUAAAUAUUUACAGAAGCGCAUUAAGGACACAAACAAGCAUGUGCUCUUCGAGUUGCUUGUUAGAGCCGCCAUUGUCCUCUUGACAUUUUGUUGCGCUGUGGCCAUACCCGAUUUAUCGCUCUUCCUCUCUCUGGUGGGUGCAUUUUGUUUGUCGAUUUUGGGCCUGAUUUUCCCGGCGCUGCUACAAAUUUGCGUGCAGUAUCACACAGGAUAUGGACCUUGGAAGAUAAGAUUAACCAAAAAUUUAUUGUUGGUGGCAUUUGGCGCAUUCGGUGGCAUAAUUGGUACAUAUGUCAGCAUUGUUGAGAUUGUCGAGGCUUAUAAAUAAUUUUUGUUUCAUUUUUUCAAUACUCGUUCUUCCGUUUAUUCGUAGACAGAGGAAGGUUUGUGUAAAU